CGCAGGUUGCGGCCGCGGAAGCGCCCGAUCCGCGAGCCGCAGGCUGUGCUGUCCCGCGCUCCUGCCCACCGCUGCGCUUUCUCCUGCCGUUGCUGCAGGUUCGGGUGCGAGUCUCCUUGCGGGUGGGGUUGUGAGGAACCGCUACGCACUCGAGAGUGUCCCCGGGCCUGUCCGGGGUGCCGGCGCCGUUCCUUCCUACGGCGGCUCCUGCGGCGGAGCGGACCGGGCAGCAGCCCGCGUCCCCAGCGGUUGACGACAUGCGCAGCCUGCCGUACUUCUGCCGCGGCCAGGUGGUGCGGGGCUUCGGCCGCGGCUCCAAGCAGCUGGGCAUCCCCACAGCAAAUUUUCCUGAACAAGUAGUAGACAGUCUUCCAGCUGAUGUGUCCACUGGCAUUUAUUAUGGUUGGGCCAGUGUUGGAAGUGGAGAUGUCCAUAAGAUGGUGGUGAGCAUCGGAUGGAACCCAUACUACAAGAAUGUUAAGAAGUCCAUGGAAACCCACAUCAUCCACACCUUCAAAGAGGACUUCUAUGGGGAAAUUCUCAAUGUGGCCAUUGUUGGCUACCUCAGACCAGAGAAGAACUUUGAUUCUUUAGAGGCACUCAUUUCAGCAAUUCAAGGUGAUAUUGAAGAAGCUAAGAAACGACUAGAUUUACCAGAGCAUUUGAAACUCAAAGAUGACAAUUUCUUCCAGAUUUCUAAAGGCAAAAUUAUGAAUGGCCAUUGAUGAAAUACUACCUUAUUUAUUCAUUCACUGUUUGCUAAAAUGUUGCUGUUCAUAACUGCAGUCAAAUCUUAGUUGUAUUUUAAAAUUUUUGUCCCAUAGCUGUGAAUUAGUUUAAACAGUACAAGGUAGUUUCUCUGUUAAUUCUUCAACUGUUAAAAUCUAUCAUGCUAUAGUACUAAAAAAAUUCACUUAAAAGUCAAGAUUCUUUUUAUGUUAUAUGUUCACGAAAAUGAACCCAAGAAACAUGUUAAUUGUCUUAUAAUGGAAAUACAAGAAUAUAUGUAAGAAAUAUGGGUGUUCAGCAAGUGUGUCGAGGCCAACCUGGGGCUAGCGUCAAUUCCAGGUCAGCCUAUGCUAGAGCAAGACCUUACCUCCAAAAAAAGUCACUAAUUUGAAAUGAAAACUCUGGCUUCUUGUGGUAAAAUACCAGUGUGUUUGUAUGUAUACAGAAUCUGUUGCUAAACAGAGAGGGCCUUAAAAGUAAAUGCAUCUAAAAAUGUAGCAUCAUUAUUACAGACAUGAAGAUGUGCGUCGUGUGUCACUUGUUGCCCUUGUGAGGUCAUCCACCCUAGUGUGUCUUUUUUGGGAGCUGCGUUAAGUUGAAGUGGCCUAGACGCUGUCAGAGUUUUUAAGACAGUAAAUGAUCUUGUUUUUG